AUGUCUUCUGAAUCUCUCGUUCAAGUCAGGCUAAAAAAGAUUUGUCUCUUAGAAACCGAAGUAGACGGCUUAUCUUCAGCUGUAGGCUGGCUGUGCUUGUUCAAGAUGGCAACUUUUAUUGAAGACUGUUUCGAGAAGGCCGGGCUUCUCUGUGGACGUGUGCUUGGGUGGGCCGAUAUCAUCUAUCUUCAAUCUGUGACAGAUUCUCCACCCAUUCCGACUGGUCAGCCGGCUGACUUGCUAACUCCACGAGCUACCCUCAGUCUCCGACGGGCGAUUGGCCUGCUCCGGGUCUCCAAAACCUCUGGCCAGCCACCCAGAGAAUCCCCACCGCCAGCCGAGAAUGGUGCCAGUGGUUCGGUGGACUGGCGUAAAUUUGACUCCUUCCUGGGCUCAGCAGCUGAGACCAGGCCGUCGGUGCUCGAGCCACCUACGUCUGCGCCGGUGAGUCCUGGGGAUAGCAUGCAGUUGUGGUGUGUUCACUGUCCGUUGAUAUGGGCCGACUUUGUGACGCGCAUUUUCACAGUCCAACAUGCCGAUUCCUCUUCUCACCAGCCAUCAAGCCUACACCAACCUCAAGUUGACACUGGCCUUGGUCGUCUCGACAGUUUCUCGGAUGAUCCUGCGUCCACGGCGAGAAGUCGAAGCCAUCUUGUUGAUGAAUCAAAGACCAUCUGGAAGACACGUACGGUGCGCCAGCCAUUCUGCGAUCCGUUGCCACUAACGCUUUGGCUCCUCCGGCCCCUGUUCGAGGCAGCAAAAGCAUUUACCGACGACCGACCAGAGUUGUCCAAGUCCAACUCGCACUCCCACCUCGAGCCAGCUUCCGCUGUCCUGUCCAACUCAACCAAAGUGGAAAGUCUUUCCACCGGAGGCAUGUUAUUAUUGGUCGACCUGGAGGCAUUGUCAAAUCCCCUCGACAUCCGUGCAUUGGGCACUCUGAAUGCCUGUCUCAAGUAUGCUUCUAGGCAAAAGACAUUUAGAUUCUACCUCGGCGCCGAACCUCACAGCCAACAUCUUCGCACCUCCACUGUCUCAUCUUCCUUGUCCCAUCCUCAGAUUUCCACCAACCAAUGCAAGUCCUGCGCCCCAACAUUAAAUUCUAACAUGUCAACAGCUGCGUCCACACAAUCAGUUUUUUCUUCAUCCACCUGUCCGUCCGUGACAAAGCCUCUGCCAGACGCCCUCGAUCAUUUGAUCUUUCUGAUCGGUUUAGCUGAUCGGGUAGCUCGCAUUCAGGCUUGUCUUGGUCUAGACUCCCGGCACUUUACUCUCAACUCAUCUUCCAACUUGUCGGAGUCCCAUCUUGUUAUGCCGUCGUCUAAGGACUCCUUGCUGGAGUCCUGCAUUACUGAUGACGCUAACAAGAGUAUGCCAAUCAUGUCAAUUUUCUGCUGUCUUUGCCGACCUCUGGAGCUGCAAAUUACUUUGCCCGAUCCUGCGACAGAAUCAUCUCGCCUUCGGGCUGCCGAGACUGACGAAGAGAAUGAAGAAAUAAAGUCGCAAUCGCAAAUAGAACUGUCCACCUUUCCAAAGAAUCAGUCAUAUUUAAGCUCAACCAAACAUCCAUUCAAGCACUCUUCUUCGCUCGCCCUCCACAACAUCUCCGAAUCACUUUCACAACAAAAGCAGGAGCAACUUGCUCUUGCAAUAAAUUCUGUUUGUUCCGAAGAGACCGCCGACUCAGUUGAGCCUGGCUGCAGCACUCCAGUCGAUGUUCAAUCAUCGCAUAGUCAGAAUUCACAUUCGCUUUUUGCCGACCCAACCACCCAUUUGCCGGCCAACGGGUGCCUGGAAGGGGAUGCUGCAUCAAUGUUUUUUGGGGUGCAUGCUUCUGUACCUGCCUCGGCGGCCGCUUCAUGUUCCCCCAGUUCCUCAAUACUCUCAGUCUCUUCGGUCUCAUCCAAUCUCUCCUACGGCCUCCAUUCCCGCUCACAAUUGCAAACCUCGAAGUCGUCGAACUCAACUGCUGCACAUCGGCAUGACGCAGGUUCUAUUAAUGAUUUGAAGGUAUCAUCAGCGUCCAGAAAAUUGGAUUCACCCGAAGGGAUCUGGCGAAAUGAUUUGGCUGAACAUAAACGGAAGGCUAUGCCGUGCAGUCGCUCUCUAGUCAGUUUGUACUUAUACGCUUUAUAUCAUUUUCAUUACAGAAGAACUUGA